UCGACUGAAUCCAAGAAUCGGUUCAUAAAAAAGACUCUUUAGUAAACCGAGCUUCACUACUAUGCAUGCAGUUAAUAAAUCCAACUCAAACAAAGUCAAUUCUUCUUGAGGACCAACAGUCUAAUAUGAGUGCAUCAGCUGCACGUUUAAUCAAGCCUGUUCUUUAUGGAUAUUUCAGAAGUUCUUGCUCGUGGAGAGUCCGGAUUGCGUUUGCACUGAAAGGCAUUGAAUAUGAGCAAAAACCAGUAAAUAUCAUCAAGGAUGGUGGGCAACAGCUAACAGAUCAAUUUAAGGCAAUAAACCCAAUGCAGCAAGUGCCUGCAGUCACUAUUGAUGGCAUCACCUUGUCUCAGUCGUUGGCUAUCAUGCAAUACAUUGAGGAAACUCGUCCAGAGCCCCGCCUCUUGCCUGCAGACCCAAAGCAGCGAGCUCAUGUCCGCAUUAUCUGUGACAUAAUCGCGGCUGGCAUCCAGCCCCUCCAGAAUGUGUAUGUGAUUCAGAAAAUUGGAGAAGAGAAAGUACAGUGGGCUCAACAUUUCAUCAACCGAGGGUUCGAGGCCCUCGAGCAUAUCCUGAAGCAGACGGCAGGAAAAUACUGUGUUGGUGAUGAGAUAUCCAUGGCAGAUAUUUGUCUUGUGCCUCAAGUCUACAACGCUGAAAGGUUCAAGGUGGAUAUGUCCCAGUUUCCUACCAUCAGAAAGUUAAACCAGACCUUAAUUGAGAUUGAUGCUUUCAAAGCCACUCAUCCAUCACGUCAGCCUGAUACUCCUGAUGAUUUGAGGGCAUAAUCUGAAUAAUGAAAUCAAUAAAAGACUUUGAUAAACA